AUGUGGACAACAUGCUCUUCGAUCGGGAGCAUGCUGUGGGAGGUGUGGGGUGGGCCGCUCGCCGAGUCGAGCGGGCUAUACGAGCCGCGCGAUCGCACAUACGGCCGAUGGGGCGUGCCGUUCUCGGCGAUGGAGAAGCGGCUAUACGAAAAGGACGAUGUUGAGAUCAGCUUCCACCGCGUCAUGCUCGCCAACGGCAAGGACUGGGUGUGGUAUCAAGUAUGGCAGGAUCCCAUCGCUGUCGUCCAGACCGGCCGAAAUGCCGACAUGAUCUUUGUGCAUGGGACGGGCGUUCAUUCUGGGACACUGGCGAGUCAGUGUCGUCGGUAUCUUGAUGCUGGAUUCCGACUCAUCGUGCCAGACUUGCCGUCGCACGGCUUUUCAUCCGGGCUGCACGUGUAUCAGCGCAACAUGGCUGGGUUCUGCGAAGGACUGCAUGCGGUGCUGCACGAUGUGGCGCAGCGCGAUCAGGCAGCUUCGUGCUUCCCCACCGUGCGCCCGACCAAGCUCGAGCGUCGCAAGACGUUCAUGCUCGGCCUCUCGUUCGGCGGCCUGGUGGCGUUCUCCUACGCGCUGCAGUACCCGGCCUCGUACCGAUACGAUGAAACAGACCCAGACGAGAUCCCCAUCGACGGGCUCGUGGGCGUAGGACCAAUGGUGGCGUACAACGCCAAAUUCGUCGUGGUCAACACGGCGUUACGCUGGCUCUUUCUUGUGCUGCUCUUCGUGUUUGGGUUGGGAAGGUUGGAGGCGAUUGUGCCACACAAGAAGGUGGUUGACAAGGAUCCGAAGGUGUACGAGUCGUUGGUGAUGCAGGAUCCACGCUCGCACAAGGGGUCGUUCCGAAUCGGCCACCUGUGGUGCAUCGUGAAAGCGAUGGAGGAUCUGCGCCAGCGCGCGCACGAGAUUCGUCAUCCCGUCUACAUCCAGAUGGGUGGUGACGACCGUGUGGCCGACAACAUGGCCGCGCUCAAAUGGAUCCGAGAAACCCAGUCGCAGGAUAAGAGGUACGAGGUAUACCCGAUUUGCCAGCACGUCAUCUACAAAAAGGCCAAGACGCAGCACGAUGAUCUGGCGGGACGCAUCAGUGUGAUUGCCGACAAUGUCGAGUGGAUGAUCGAACGUUCCCCCGCGGUGUUUGCGCGCAGAGCCGGACGCGUUGCAUCGUACGCGAGCGACUCGAGCUCGAUCAGCAGAAGCACCUCGCGAACAUCGCUGUUCGACGAAGACGACGACUCGGCUUCCAUCGCCACCUCGGUCCCCACCUCACCAGGCCUCACGGAGAGAGACAUUGACGUCGCCGAGGUGAAGUACGCAGGUGGACAUCGAGACGAAGGCCAUGUACUGCCAGACCAUCUGUGCGGUUGGAGACUCGAUGAGGAGGGGGAAAUGCGCCUGUACAGACGCACCUGGAACUUCCGAGAAGACUCCCGCCCAUUCCUCCACGACCCACACACCGUCUAA